UUCUAAGAUUGGCAGUCACUCUCUCCAAUUAUUUGCGAAGUCAUGUAAAGUAGGUGUCCCUAUUGGCUGGAAAAUAGCUUUUCCUAAUUCGCUGUUAAUCUCCCAAUUAUACACGAAUACACAAAAUGGGCGUCACUUUAACGGGAAGUUAUUUUCUUCGUUUAAGAAUUGUGCUGUUAAGGUAAACAGACGAGUACCAUCAUGGAGCAGACUCAGUUGAUGGAUGAACCACUUUUUAUAGAAGAGACUGAUAAUGAAAUAUCAGUUAGAAGACCUAUGGCAAUGAUAAAAGUCUUUAAUAAUGCUCACUGCCAAGAAAAAGAUUUUUUAUUAUUUCUUGGGGAAAACACAGUAGGUCGGGAGGAGACAUGCACUGUGGCUGUCCCUGUUGGAUCUGUGUCAAAGUGCCAUGCUGUUAUUGAAAUUGAGAGAGAUUCACAUUUAUUGUGGGAUCGUGGCAGCCUUAAUGGCACCCGCAAAGGACGCAAACUGCUGAAGCCAAGAGUCCAUUAUGAUCUGCAAAAUGGAGAUCUGAUUAUGUUUGCAGAUGUGCCCUGUCAGUAUAUCAUUCUGAACAAUGAAAGUCCCAGUGGGAUCCAAAAGGACUCAGAAAAUGCCUCACACACUCUGGCAGCAACAAAUACAGUGGCUGAUAAAACCAAACAAGAAAUCAGCUGCAAGAGUGUGCUAUCGCAUAAUGGCUGUACAUUAGAACAGCCAAACAAUAAAUCUCUUGGUAUAAAAUUGGAAGAAGAGAUGGAUGCAGAUGAAGAGGAAGAUGAUUCUCUCUUGCCAGACACACAGGCUCAUACAGUAACACGCCCUUUGGCAUUUGAGAAGACACCAGUAACAACUUUAAGAAGAAAUAAUCUUCCACUUGUCUCUGACUCUGAUUCUGAGGAAGAGGAUGACAAAAGAAGAAAACAGAAAAAAAGUGCAUAUACAUCAGUUAUUAUUGUCUAGUUGUUUACAGAACAAAGACAGAAGUUCACAUCUACAUCUAGAAAUGAACAUUCAAUGUCAAUCACUGCACUUGGUGAUGACUUUCCAAGAUGAAUCCAUACCCCUAGGGAUGUUUGGUGCCGUAGAGGAAGACAAGA